AUGGCUCCUACAUUCCUCAUCGCCGGCGCCACCGGCAACACGGGCCGCGCCGUUGUCAAGACCCUGUCGGAGCUUCUCAAGACGACCAGCACUACUACCUUUGCCAACCACCGCAUCCUCGCCCUCACGCGCUCCUCGAGCGGCGCGGCCGCCCAAAAGCUGGCACAGCUGCCCGGCGUCGAGGUGGCCGAGAAGGCAUGGGUCGAGAUCACGGCCGACUGGCUCCGCGAAAACAACGUCGUCCGCGCCUUCAUCGCCUCGCACAACGAGCCCAACCAGUUCGCCGAGGAGUCGACGUUUCACCUCGCCGCCCUCCACGCCGGCGUCGAGUAUGUCGUGCGCAUCUCCACCACGGCCGCCAACGUGCGCCCAGACUGCCCGGCCUAUUACGCUCGCGCGCACUGGGCAGUCGAGGCCCUAUUGAGCUCGCCCGAGUUUGGCCGUCUGCGCUGGACCUCGCUGCAGCCCAACAUCUUUACGCAGCUUGCCCUGAUGCCUGCCGUCGCCUUGAUCUCCAAAUUCCGCGAGACUGGCAAGCAGGACACCUUGAGGCUAUUGCUUUCCGAGGACGCGCCUGUCGGCAUCAUCGACUCCGACGACGUGGGCAUUCUAGCAGCCCACCUCCUGGUGGCCGAGGACGUCGCCCCGCACAACAAGGCCAAGUACGUCUUGAAUGGACCGGAGAAUAUCUCUGGCCGCCAGAUCGUCGCCAUGGCCGAAGAGUACCUCGGCACCAAGGUUGAGACUGUCGCCUACAAGGAUACCUCCUUCGUAGAAGACAUGGCAGCCCAAAGCAAGGAAUCUUCUAAUGUUAUCCUUUCUAUCAAGCAUGCUGCAGACACCGUCUGGGAGGGCAAGUGCGCAAUUGACACGACAAGCAACGAGGUUUUCAACAUAGCCGCACCUAAACGCACCCCUGCACAAGUUUUCAAGACUUUAUUGGGCGAGUAG